AUGGCUUAUACCUUGGGUGGUGAAGAAGAGCAGGACAUUGAUGAACCGGAUUGUACCAUUUCAGCCGAAUCUACCAUAUCUCGUCCUUCAACAAGUACAUAUAUUAAAACAAAUAAAAUUCGAAAUUCUAUUCCUCAAAAUAUUCAAACAAAAAUUGACUCGUUCGUAUCAAAACCAAUUUUGCUUACAAAAUCAAAACAAAUUGAUAACCAAUUAACUAUUGUAAUAGCAAAAGAGUUUCAACCGUAUAGCUUGGUCGAGAAUAAAGAAUUCAAAAAAUUUGUUAAAUUAUUAAAUCCGGGAUACACAUUGCCUUCAAGAAAAACCAUUUCUAAAUGUAUUAUUCCUCAAUUGGUAGAAAAAUCUCAUACAGCUGUAAACUUGUCCGAUUUUAUGAACAAAUGUUUUAUUGAAUGGGAAAUACAAGAAAAAAUUAAAGUAGCAGUUAGUGACAACGCAGCAAAUAUUGUAGCUGCAAUUAAUUUAAAUACAAAGUGGCGUCAUUUACCUUGUUUGGCUCAUAGUAUAAAUUUAAUAGCACAAAGUGGCUUAGGAGAAAUUUCAGAGGUUCACAAAAAGGUAAAAAGUGUGGUAGAAUUUUUUAAGCGGUCUUCCCAAGCGUAUACUAAAUUAAAAAAUACGCAAAUUCAAAUGGGUUAUCCCACAUUGAAACUAAUUCAAGAUGUCGCCACGCGCUGGAAUUCUACAUAUGCAAUGUUUCAAAGAUGUAUUGAUUUAAAAGAACCUUUAGUUUCAACAAUAGCAGUAAUGGGCAAUCCGUUUAAUGAAGUUACCAUUGAACUCAGCAGUGAAAAAGAAAUAUCCAUAUCAAAAGUUCUUAUUUUAGUUAACAUGUUAAUAUCUCAUUUAAAAAUAAAAAAACAAGAAAAAGAUUUGCCUCAAAAUAUUUAUCAUAUGGUUGAAAAAAUGGAAUCCAAAGCAGACAGAAAAUUUCAAAACAUUAAUAUGCAACGGAUAUUAACAGAAGCAACAAUUUUAGAUCCGAGGUUCAAGAAAAAGGGUUUUAAUUCUAUUACAUCAUACCAACAGGCAUAUCAAAAAUUAAUUCUUAGCGUAACAUCAAUAAUAACAUCAAAUCAAACACUUCAAACUUCAAAUGAUAAUGUUACCAUGACUACUGAACCCGAAAACUGCCGACCUGAAAAAACCUUGGAAAUAUGGAAAGACUUCAAUGCUCAAGUAACUACUACGACUACUAUUACUACGCCAAGAGCUCAAGCUAUUUUAGAAAUAGAUAGGUAUAUGAACGAACCAUUAUUAUCCAGAAAAUUGGAUCCGUUAAUUUGGUGGAAAGAUCAUAAAACAAUAUACCCGAAUUUAUUUAAAUUAAUGCUUUUAAGAUUAUGCGUACCAUCAUCUUCGGUUCCAUGCGAAAGAACUUUUUCGAAGGCUGGAUAUACUAUAACAGACCGACGCAAUCGAUUUUUCGAAAACGACCGUUCCGCGCUUGCAGAUGUAACAGGAAUUGUCAAAAAUAAUAAAAGAACAGUACAUACUUCUGGGAAACUGGCUGUUAAAGAAUGA